UAAUAAAUUAUUACACAUCAUAACAAGCAAGACACCACACCCAACAGUCUCACGCGUUCUCUGCUUCAAACUCCAGAGAGAGAAAGCAAACAAAAACAAACAAAUCGAGAGGGGAGAGAGAAAGUUCGAUAACAUGAAUCAAGCAAUCGCGAUUUUUCUCUUGCUGCUCCUGGCUGCUGUAGCUAAUCGAGCCCGAUCGAAAUGCGGUGACGACGCCGUUAUCUUCACCUUCGGUGACUCUAACUCAGACACCGGCGGCCUCAUCGCCGGCCUUGGCUCCGACGGCCGCCUCAUCCUCGACUUCCUCUGUGAAAGUUUGAACACGAGCUAUCUAAGCCCAUACUUGGACUCUUUAGGCAACACUGAAUUCAGAAAUGGUGCAAAUUUUGCUGUUGCUGGUUCAACUACAUUGCCAAGAGACAGGCCCUUCUCUCUUCACAUCCAAGUGCUCCAGUUUCUUCGAUUUCGAUAUCAGACUCAACAUCUUGUUGCUGCUCAAGGUACGAGGAAUUUGUUCAAUGAGGAGAAGUUUAGGAAAGCAUUAUACGUGGUAGAUAUUGGGCAGAAUGAUCUUGCAGAGGCUUUUGCUAAAGGUUUGAGCUAUGAGAGAGUUGUGGGGGUCAUCCCAAACGUUCUCUCUGAGAUCAAAACUGCUAUUGAGGUUGUGUAUAAUACGGGUGGCAGAAAUUUUUGGGUACAUAACACUGGUCCCUUGGGUUGCUUACCUCAAAAACUCUCUGUGCCAAGAAAAAGAAGCAACAAUCUUGACCCAAACGGAUGCCUCGGUUCCUUCAAUGAUGCUGCUAGGAAAUUCAAUGAGGGGUUGAGUGCUCUCUGUGACGAAUUGAGUUCUGAAUUGAAGAAUGCUACCAUUGCUUAUACAGAUAUAUACACCAUCAAAUAUGAUCUCAUAGCUAAUCAUACCAACUACGGCUUCAAGAGCCCAAUAAUGGCAUGUUGUGGCUAUGGUGGACCUCCAUACAACUACAAUAUCAAUAUAACAUGUGGCAACCCAAGCUCACAAGCCUGUCAACAAGGACUUCAGUUCAUAAACUGGGAUGGAGUUCAUUACACCGAGGCGGCAAACUCUAUACUUGCUUCUAAGAUACUCUCUACGGACUAUACCAAGCCUAAGCUCAAGUUUGAUUACUUCUGCAACAUCUAAUUGAUGCAUAAAGAAAGAAUGAUUGAACAAUAUACUUGAUGUUGCACCCUUAUGCAAGGUGAACAUAAAUAUAUAAAUUUUGUUAUCAAAAAGGAAGUGAAGUCUGUUUUUUGGUUGUACUUUGUAUGUCUUUGAGCAAGUGAAAAUUUUAUUUUCUUCUUGA